AAUUUAAAUAACCGAAGAUAUGGGUCAUCUUUUUAGACAUUAAGAAGGAGAAGCAGCACCACCUCCUGCAAUAGCCAAUAUUCCAGCACCUCAAGCAUCAACUAUUGAUUAUGAUUGGAUUCUAAUUUCAGGGUUCAUUAUAGUGUUGACCUAAGUGGGAUUUGCAUUUAUUGAAGCAGGAUCAGUGAGAUAUAAGAAUUCCUAAUCAAUAGUGAUAAAAGUGAUAUUGGGUUUGUUCUUGACAAUUUUAAUAUGGUGGUUGUUUGGAUAUGGAUUCUCAUUUGGAUACGAUUUCUAAACAAACUUUAUGGGAGGCACAAAAUUAGGAGGAGCUAAUUGGGAAGCAAAUCAAUUCGGAAAUGAUUACACAAACUUUGUAUUCAGAGCAUCAGGUGCAGCAAUAGCCGUAUCAGUGUUAUCUGGAGCAGCAGCAGAAAGAAUGACAUUCUUGGCAUGGUCAAUUUUAGCUAUAAUAUACGCAGGAUUCAUUUAUGCUGGAUUAGCACAUUGGACAUUGGCAUAAGGAUGGUUGACAACUUUGGGAUACAAGGACUUCUCAGGAGCAGGUGUAGUAUUUUUCGCAGCAGGUGUUGCUGGAUUGGUUGUGACCGUGUUGUUGAAACCAAGAAGAUUCAGAUUUGAUCCAAAUACAACCUUAUAAUUCUAAAGACAUUCUCCAAUUUAUAUUGCUUUUGGCUCAAUUUUGGUCUUCGCAGGAUGGUUAUUCUACAAUGGAGGUGUUGUUGCCUAAGGAGCUAAUUCUAAAUACACUUAAGGAUUAGUCGCUGUCAACACAUUGGUUGCUGGAGCUACUGGAGGAUUCUUCGCUUUUAUCAUUAGAUAUUUCUAAUAUGAAACCACAAGUUUGGUCGCCUUGUCUAGAGGUAUUAUCAGUGCAUUGGUGGCUGUAAGUGCUGCUACUGAUGAUAUGAAACCAUGGACUGCAUUCAUCUAUGGUCUUUUGGCUGCAGUAUUUUACAGUGUUUUGGCUAAAGUCAUUCCAAAAGUACAUAUUGAUGACCCUGUAGAAGUUGUACCUGUGUUUUUGGGCAAUGGUUUCUUGGGAAUCUUCUUGUCAGCAUUCUUCGACACUAAAGCAGGUGUUUUCUAUGGAUUUGGGGCUAAAUUAUUAGGAAUGUAAUUGUUGGGAUUAUUGAUCAUUUUUGUAUGGGUUGCCUUCUUCGUCUUGAUUACAUUACUUAUUUUAAAGGGAUUCGGAGUUCUUAGAAUUGAUUCAGAAACUGAGAGCGUUGGUAUUGAUAAGGCACAUUGUUUGGGUGAAGCCAUCGUAUUUGCUAACUAAAUUGAUGAGGUUCCUCUAGUACCAAAGACCGAAUUGGUUAAAUUAGGAAACAGCCAAAUUGGAUCAGGAUUUAGACCUGGUUUUAGAUGAUAUUAUAUCAAUCAUAUAAAUGAGCAAUUUUAUCAAAAAACUUCAAUU